AUUAAAACAUGCAUAUUAAAAAGAUAAAACGGUCAGUUUUUGGUCAGCAGUGAGGCCCCAUUAUGUCACUCAAACGAAAACACGUGGAGAUACCAAAAUAAACAAUGUCACAUGACCUCUCAAAACAUCCACACAAGACACACAACACAAACGCAGCGAUCGUGUUUAAUUGACAAUGCGCACCAAUUGUAUGAACAAAUUAAAAUAUAAAAUCUGUGACAAAUAUCGAACAGUUCAUAAAACUAAAAGAAACAAUAUGGAUGGUUCUAAAGUUUUAAUCACUGCACUGGUUCUAAUAAUUUGCGCAACCAUCCUUCAGCUGCUUGGCUUAGCCUCACCAUACUGGAUUUCGGAUGAAAAUUCAUUAGAUCCAGGAAGUUCUUAUGAUCCCACUUACACUGGUCUGUGGAAGAAAUGUGAUUGCAAGGAUACUGAUGAUUUCCUACUAGAACACGAUAUGCCAAAGCGCCAGUUGCGAACGUCUCAAGCCAUGAGCAUUCUUGGAUUUUUGGCACUCAUGCUAGCUUUAGUGUUGACCGUCACAAAGUUAUUCUUUCUCAAGGACAGAACUCCGCUACUUUUUGUGGCCAUCAGUUCAGUUUAUAUUGGAGCUGUCUCCAUUAUUAUGUCAGUCGGAUUAUUUGUAGACAACGUUAAAUCUAAUGAUGAGAAGUUUAAAGGCUUUGAAUUUCACUUUGCUUUUGCCUUCUGCAUUCUUGGGAUGCUAGCAGCACUUGUAUCCGGGGGUUUUAUGCUACUAGAGUUACGAAGAAAAGUUCCAGAUGAAAUGCGAGAAAAACUUCAAGAAGUAGAAAUGAAAUAAAACAUUACCAAAUUUGGUUCCAUCAUUCAGAAUAGAAAAAUUCAAGUAGCGUAUUUUAAAUGUUACAUGCACUUUUUUUAUGCUAACUCAAAGUAGGUCGCUUCUAUUGAACAUUCACUUUGUCUUAAGUUAUCAUUUUCUAAAUGUUAACUUUUAAAUGAAUACUUUACAAUAAGAAAUUUUACAAAAAGAAAUUAAGAAUUAUAGAGGUCAUGAAAAACGCUAAAUAUUAUAGAUAAGAAGAAAUAUAGGAGCUUAUGUCUUCAUUGUAAACACUUGAUUCGCGUAUGAUGUAAUUAUUGUUUAAAUGCAGCUAACAUUUAUGAAAGUUUAAAGUUUUAUAAUGACAAAUGACUUAAUCUUUCAAUUUCUUUCUUAUUCAAUAUUUGUGUUUAGCUCAGCACAUUUAUUUGUUCAUAUAGUAUUUUAGUUGCACAUGUUUGCCGUUGAAAGAGUCUCCGCAUAUUUCCCCCUUUAUUAGCCUUAGGGCUAUUGCUGCAAUCUGAUUGGCUGAAAGU